GUCGUCGUCGUCGUUGUUGUUGUCCCGCACGUCGUUGGCGCCGUAGAAGCGAGUACAAAACCAAGUGAUGACAUUGUGGCGUUCGACGCCGACGGAAUCAGUCAAGUUAUCGAGGCGACAUUGAGUUGUCAUGACAACCCUUCAGUGGCUGUGUCGGUCGUCAAAGAUGGGAAGGUAAGUCAUUUACUAUUGUGUGCGUAGUAUUGAUAAGUAGAAGAUUGGUUAAUUUAUCAAGAAGCUUGCUCCUGCAUUUUUUCGCUCAGAAGUCUGGGGCUAUUUCUCACAGUAAUAAAAAUUAACGCUUACAGUAAAAGCAGUUAGUUUUUCUUUAAAAUGUUUAUACUUUUAAAACCAUAAUUUUGUGUUCCAUCAACAAAGUUACGUUUAUGCAGUUGUUCUUGCGUCAAAAGUCCAUUGAGUGUACGCUAAAAACGUUUAAAUUAAAAAAAAUAAAUAAAAAAUAAAAAAUUCUAUGGCUGCCUAAGUUCUAUUUUCAUAAAUUCGUCGUAGAAACAAGUUUCUUCUGAUAUAUUUUUUUUAACUUGAGCAACAACAUCAAACACGCCAUGUGAGGGCCGCACCCCCCCCCCAACCACCGGUCCACACCCCCAACCGCCGGUCCACACUCCCCAACCGCCGGUCCACCCCCCAACCGCCGGUCCACACCCCCCAACCGACGGUCCACACCCCCCCCCCCACACGGGAAACCAUAAGUUGAAAAGCUAAUAAUUGUUAAAUAAACGCAAAAGAAGAAAAACAAAGCCUCGUUUGGUAGGUGUGUGGGGUUGGGGGGGUGGGGGGGGGGAAGCCUAUUCGUUACCCACUGUUUAUAAACUUAAUCAUCGGGUGCGAAUGUAUGUUGUUUUUUUUUAAAGAUUGGUUUUGGUCAAUACUAACAAAUGCUUAUUUCUAUGGUUUCCAACUCGAUACAGAGCUAAAACUUUGUACAAUGUUUGGUUUUAAAAUGGAGGUUUUCGUGUAGAGUUUAUGUAGUGAAAUGUUUCAAGUGCUUUUUAAAACGGUGGUGCAGCCGAGUGUCGAACAUAAUUCUCUACAUUAAGAUAAUAUAGACCACUGCACUGAAGAAGCUAACGAUAUGCGCAAGAUCCACUUUUCAUCUUGGUCAAAGGAUCGGAGGCUUUUUGACGUUCAUUUCGAUGAAUAAAUUUAGAGGCAUCUUCUCUCUUCCUCCUCACCUCUCUCUCCCUUCCUCAUGCCCCUCUCUUCCUUCCUCCCCAUCUCUCCCCAUCUCUCUUCCUUCCCUCUCUCUCCCUUCCUCUACUCCCCCCUCUCUCUCACUCCGUUUCGUCUCUUUACUUUUUUUUUCUUUCCAUCUUUCUAAAACACUAAAAAACAUUUGGAAUAACUUGUGCCUCCGUUGUUCAUAGUACGACCCAAUGUGUGCAGUGGGUAGAGACGGUCUGUCUCGGUAUGCGUGGUGAGCAUGCCCGGGGCGCGGGGGGGGGGGGGUUUAAAUACGCGGGCCGGGUCUGUGGUUUGCUGUUGAAACAAAACUGUAUUACGCACUCGGCACUGAAACAGAGACGAAUCACGGACUAAAUGUGCUGGAGCCUACAAGCAUUUGUUGGGGGCACCAUUACCGGGUCUGCUGUAUAAAAUUGUCUGACAGUGCAGUUUUGUUUUAAAACAGUCCAUUGGUUUUCUUAUAAAAAAUAGUUCACUUCAUGAUUUACCCUUUGUUUGUUGUUCGUCCGUCGAGGAUCGAUGAUGACCAUCGAGUCGUCCGGUGACUGAUGACUUGAGCUAGUGACUUUUGUUUAAAGUGAGGAAGAGUUGCGCGGCGUCAACCUCACUCUCUCGUCCGAGUCCACCAUAUCCAGUGGCAAGACUCUACGUCAAGACGACCAGGGAUGGGUUCGGUUGCUGGAAUUGUCAUUGAAUGCGCCUUACGGGACUCCAACUCCCUGUUGGAAUUCAGAGUUUCCUUCUCUUAGAUGAGUUGCCGACCAAGGUUAACGAGUCUCAUUACCCUAAAAUUUGGAGUUAGGCCUAAACACUUCAUUUUAUGCUACAACUUUUACUACGCCUAAAUACUCCAUGAUAUCCUUUGUUAUAUCCUGCUCAUUCAUUUGUCUCAGAAAUGUAUCAAUUGGUGGAAUUCAACCGGUAAGAACCCAUCUGGAAGAACCUUUACCAAAUUUAAAACAAUAUUUUUAUAAACAAAUUUUUUUUUUUUUUACAUAUUUUUUUUCUUUAUUGUUAAAAAAUUAAGUUAAAUAUCCUAUAUAACAGUUUAUUUGUCUUUUACAGUUUUGCUCUUAUUUAAUCAUUUGUCAUCAAUAUUUCAAACCUUUUAUUAAAAGUAACUUACUUAAGUUUUAUCUAUUGGUGUAUCGUUGUUAGUCAAACAUGAAAUAAUAAAAUACGUUUUGGUAUAUCAUUUCAAAAAAAAAAAAAGAGUUUUUAAAGCGGUAAUAAGGAUAGCAAACCGGUUUGUUAAAUGACUUGAGUCCCACCAUUGAGUAGGCCUAUAUCCGUUAAAGGCAUUUAAAGUGAUAUCAGUCAACCCCAAAUUAUUUCAUCCCAGGUCCUUCUGUCCAAAGGUUUUGGAACAUUUGGUUUGGACGACAAAAAGCAAGUGACGAGUUCCUCUGUGUUUGGGAUAGCAUCAGUGUCUAAACUGUUCUCCGCCACUCUGCUGGUCAAACUGCUUUACGAGAAAACAAAGUGAGGUCAUUUUCUUCAUUCUUUUUUUUGUUUGUUUUGUUUUAAUAUUUCAUAUGUUAACAAUCCUACAAUCUAAAUAGUAGAUGUUUUCCAGACAGAAUACUACACACCCCACAGGUUUACUAAGUUGAUAUGCUCUCGUGUCCGAAUUUACCUUAUAUGCUUCAAGAAUGUUUGUAUGAAGUAUGGGAAUCUUCUACGUGUGGUAAACUAAAUGAAAUUCAAACAUGCGCUAAAUGCUCACAUAGUGAUGUUAAUUUUGUCGAAUCCCCCCCCCCCUUUUUUUUUUUACUAAAUUACGUCACACUUGAACACUUUAAAAAAUUUUUUUAAAAAUCUACAACUAAUUAACAUUCGAUCUCAAACAAUUUUCAAGAUUACAAUUAGACAGUAAUAAGUGACAUUUUCUGUCAGAAUGCAUCUAGCACAACAGAAAGUUAAUCAUCAUUUUCAAUUUAAGCUUUCGUAUGUUUGAUUAAAGGAUGUAAAUAUUUGACGUCACAUAAGAUCUAGCCUCUUCCUCCCCCCUUCUUCCGGGCGUGACGUACCUUAUGGACGGCCCUUAAAAUGAUUUACAAUGAUUUCCUAACAGUUUGAUCGUAAUUGUAAUUGUUCUUCCCACACAAGACAUUUGACUCUUACUGUUUGCUCUAUUUAUAAACAUAAACAUGUUGUACUUCUGGCCCAGCCUCACAGUGGAUUCGCCAGUCAAACAGCUUCUGGGGAAGUCGUUCAGCAUGCCUGACCCUAUCCGCACGGCCCAGACAACCUUCACAGACUUAUUGGCUCAUAAAGUGGGCAUACCAGACUACAAUCGUCUAAGAUUUGAUGCAAACCUCACAAGAGAAGCUCUGUUAAGGUAAGCUUAUAAUAUUCAUCACAGGGUUUUAAAUUAAAAAAAAAAUGUUUGAAACAAAAUUAUAGAAAAAUUUGGGUGUUCACCAAUGCUGUGAAAGCUGUCAUCAAUUUUUUUAAAAUGUAACUUUACAAUGGCUUCUCCUUCAUAUUGCUAAAACUUCUAAUAUGUGUACAGAUAUAAAGUAGGCAAAGAAUGGAGUGUGGAUGUUGAGAGACUGGGCAUCCACUGGUAGCCAAACAUAUAGAGAGUGAUAACUGACUGGUGGGUUGAUUUACGGAGACAAAGAAAUGAUUAGUGAGACAAAGAAAUGAUUGGUGGAUUGAUUAGGGAGACAAGAAAUGAUUUGUAGGUGAAAAGGGGGGAGAGAGGAAAUUGUUUGAUGGAUGGAUGCAGGGAGACUAAGAAAUGAUGAUUGGAUAGGGAGAAUAGGCUAAACUCGAUUUAUUAUAAUAGGGAGAUUGUGAAAUUAUUGCUGAGGGGAGUCAGAGGUACUACACAAUGAAUUACAUCGUAGAGGACAAUAAAACAAUGCAAAGUUUGGAAAAACCUCAGAAUAAAUCUCAUAAUUUAUAUUUUUUCCAAAUGAAAUUUCUAGACGCCUGCACUUUCUAAAAACCAAUGAGCAGUUCCGUGUGAAAUAUUACUACAGCAACAUCAUGUACGGGUUAGUGAGCCGAAUCACAGAGAUUAUUGGUGGCAAGACUUGGGAGGAACUGGUAGAUGAGCAUCUUUACAAGCCAUUGGGGAUGAACAGCUCGACUUUUGCUUCAGUGGCGAACUUUGAUGCAGAAGACAUGGUGACUCCUUACGCGCAAGUGGAGGACCAGUUAAUUCCAGUUGAUCCUGAAUUCUCUAGGUCUUUUUUCAUUUUAUGUUAAUUGUUAGAUAUGUGAUUAUCCUCAAAUAUAAUGUGCCUGAUUGAUAUGAAUUAACAUGAAACUUCAAUUUUAUUCAUAGCCUAUUUAAGUAUACUUUGGCAAAUAUUGAAUUAUUAUUAAAGAUUCAUAUCAGAAUUUACCAAAACAAGAGAAAACAAAUCCAAACUAUUUUGUGAGACUCACUGUCAAAAAUAUUUUUAUCUAUUUCAAGUAAACUUACUGAAUCAUAUGAAAGCAAACUUAAAUUUUGCAUAAAUUUCCCACCACCCCAAAGAGCAUAGGGACUUUCCUUAAACUACCUGGACAGUAUGUUUUAUCACUGCUUGCGUGCAGCAGUUCUUGUCCCAUUUCAGACAACAAGAAUCAUUCAUGUUUUAUUUACAUGUUACAAUGUCUUUAAACUCAAAGCUACUGAAUAGUGUUCAAUUUUCCCAGAAUUCACUGUUUAAUUUUGAUUACUUUCUUUUAAUUUCACUUAAAACCCAGGAGGUGGGCUCAGUUAUCUGGUUCUGGUUCAAUUAUGACGAGCGCCGAUGAUAUGGCCAGAUGGAUGAACUUUCACUUGUUUGAUGGCAAAGACGCACAAGGGAACCAGGUGGUCAAGGCAGAACACAUUGCCGAGGUUUACAAAGGAAGAUUCUUUGUUGGACAAGAGAAAGAAAAAGAAACAAAGUUAUCGAAAUUUCCUGUCACAUGCACUGAUGAGAUUUAUGCCUUCGGAAUUAGAAGAGGAUUCUAUCGAGGUAUUUUAGAUGAUUUAGUUUUUAACUUUUUUGCUCCUGUAGCCGAAACAACUCUCUUAUGGAUAUGAAAUAUUUCACUUUAGUAUGCAGAAAUUGGAAAUGAUGAAGACUCUUACUUUUGUUCAUAUGGAAGUAUUAAAAAUUUGGUAGAUACUUAAAGAGAAAAUAGAAAAAAAUGUGAGAACAGUACCUUAUAUCUCAGUUUUUAUUAGACAGCUUUUUUACGCAAGGAGCCCUUUUAAAGAAUGAAUUUCCAUGGGGAGCCCUUAUGUCUUGAAAGUUAUAGCAUCUAGGAUUUUUCUGAAGUUGCCGGGAGCCCCUGAGAAGUGCAAGUGGAGCCCUUACGGGUGAACACAGACUGGGAACCACAGAUUUAAGAUUUCAAUGAGUUUCUGACAUAUUUCUUUUUAUCUCUCUACUAUCAAACUUUAGAUUUUUAUUUUAAAGAGUUUUGGAUAGACAUAAAUACUAAAAUAACAAUCCGGAUUUAUCAUAAAAACUUUCAAAGUAAACAGAUCUGAACCACUCUAGUCAACAGCUGGGAUUAUUGUGCCAAUAGGAGAGUGAACGUGUUUUAUGAAAGCUACUAAGCCAAGCAAAAAUAACUAAGGCUCUAAAGAAAGACUCCAUCAUGUCUACGGGUAGUGACAAAAAAUGUCCUCUGGGACACAAAAUUUAAGGGAAGCAAGGACAUAGGUAAGGAGUUUCAGGGUGGGUGCUGUCCCCAAAGCCAGCCACAUAUUUUUCUUUAUAUGUAUAUUUUCUGCCAACUACGGAGUUGUUGGUUUGUUGUGAUGUUAUUUUGUGGAAGAGUUGCAAAAAAUAUUGAGCAGUCCGGGCAGCACUAACCCUAUCUCAGCCACUGAAGGGAAGCUAAAAUUGUCAAUGCAAGCCGUACACCCCUCUAAAUCAAAUGUGAAACUUCCCGAAAUAAUAAAUGGUCCUAUCAAAAUUAUUAUUUUUUUUUAAAAACAUAAACUUUUCUCUUACAUUUUGAGUGGGUCCAGUUCAGGGCAAUGUUGUAAAGCAAUUAUCAGAUAUGGUAGAAUGGUCUAAAAAAGAAAAAAAACAGUAAAAGUAUCAAGAAAAAUUAUUAAUUUAAUUCAAUAUAUAAAAAAAAAAGAAUAAUUUGCUUUCUGUUGGCUGAAGGAAAUUAACUAAUAUCUACACUGCAAAGGAACACAAUGGCUCUAAAGUUCCUGUUGUUCUAAAAUUUCUUUAGAAUAGUAAGCUUUAAUAGUAUAAAUAAUGCAAGCUUAUAGGCUUUAACCAGAGCUUCAUUUCCUCUUUGACUUAUAAGAUAGUUUUAUUGAGCUAAUAAAUGGAUUUUUUAAAUUACAUUGCACAUAUUGGGCUGCCCCAGUGAUUACCAAAUCUAAAUGAUCACUAAUUAAGUCUUUAUUGUCACUAAAGGAUUUCAUUAUAUGAUGUAUGAUGGUAAAUUCUUACAGACUGGGGACAAAAUAAUUUUUAGAUCUUUUGGUCCUAACUUUGAGGGAAAGAAUUUUCCCGAUCAAGCGUAUCUUAGGUAUCUAUGAUGAAGAGGUUGGGAUGUAUCAUCCAAAAUUUUGUUUGUAGUUUUACUAAAGCAUUUUUUUUAAACAGUUCUUCAAGUGAAGGAAGUUUCCUUUGUGUGAUAUUAGUUUAUUGAUUAGUGUAUUAAAUAUGAGUUUAACUUUAGACAAUGCAUUCUCACACCAGCAGGUAAUACUGAAGUUUAGCAAACACUGGCGUCUUAUUUUAAAAAUGCUGUAUUUUCUAAAUUAAAUGUAUUAAAUUUCUUCCUCUAAAAUGUCUUGAACACAUGAUUAACUAAUGUCUCCCACAUAAUUCCCUAAUAUCUCCCUGUUGAUUCACUAAUGUCUCCCACAGGUUACGAGCGACUAGUUCACACCGGUUCUACAAUGGGUUACAGAGCCUACAUGGCGCUCCUGCCAGAGCCUAAAAUUGGUGUUUUCAUUGUGAUGACUGGAAAGGAUGACGCAUACGUUUACCGUCAUCCACUCCACAUGUACCUGAUGGAUAGAGCCCUGGGUGUGCAAUCAUGGCUCAACAGUUCAACCCUCUGUACAUACCCUGAACCUUGGGAGAAGCGUUCUGCAGUAUCCACUCCAAAACUAAAUCCGAAUGUUACAUUACAGUAUGAAACUAAUCAGUAUGAGGUAUGAAGAUUUAAAAUGGUUAUCAUUUUAUGAUUGGUUUGUAAAAUAACAAGAACAAGGUGUUAUUACGGAUGUUUUAUAAUUGUAUUUACUGUGAUGAUAAGAUCAUACUUUUUAAUGGUAGAGAGUGGGGGGGGGGGGGACUGAAUGUUUUUAGGCUGAAUAUAUUAUAAAAAAAGAUAAGAUCAUACUUUUUAAUGGUAGAGAGUGGGGGGGGGGGGACUGAAUGCUUUUAGGCUGAAUAUAUUAUAAAAAAACAUUGAGCUUAUGCCAUCUGCAGCUGCAAUCAAAUUUGGUUUAUAAAUUGUUUAUUUCACAAUUACUUAUAAUCAGGAACAAUGGUCAUAAAAGAAGUAGCAUCAAAUUCAGUUUAAAAUCCCUCGUUAAAAGAAAAACUGGACCACGAUAGAAUGAAUAUUUUACAUUUGAACAUGUGAAUCAAUCUUGAACCGGGUGAAAUUGGUCGCAAGGCAUAAUUUAAAUUUAGCUACCUUGUAACUAUAAAAUUUUGACAAACCCACACUUAUUCAUAAAUCUAAAUAGGCUACAAGCAGUUUUCAAUGAUCUCCCAAAAUAGAAACAAUAUCUUACCUAAGUGUUGUGAAAUCAAAAACAGUAUCUACAUUUUAUAUAUUCCUUGUUUAAAUUUAGUGUAAACUAAAUGCUUUAAUAUGACUUGAGCAAGGAAAGAUAUUUCACAAAAACUCUCAAAAUUUUGGCUUUAAAAUCAAGUUCUGUGAAUUUAAAAUCAAAUAACCUAAAAAAAAAUUUAAUGCAAAGUUGUUUAAGCAUUCAAGUAACUAUCAAACAUAUUCAUGCAUUAUUUUGUUUUACUAUUAGUGUCGUGGUUCAAAAAUAAAUUUGAAGAAAAUUUUAACGUUGAAAGGAAAAAAGAUUCGACUAAAUUUCCGUUCGAUCAAAUUUCCGUCGAUCAAUUUUCCGUCAAUGAAAUUUCUUUCAAAAAAUUUUCCAGAUACCCUUGUAAACAGAUUUCAGUUUGAGAUAAACUUGCUUAAAAGAUUUUUGUUUUUUGUGGUUAUUACAAUGAUUGAAUUUGAUCAUUGAAAAAUGAUGUUGAUUUGCUACUUGUAAUUUUAUUUACAAAUAUUUUGCUUUCAGGGUUUAUACUACAAUGAAAUCUUUGGUUUUAUGACUGUCAGCUACAAGAAGACUGAUCAGGCACUUUUCUUGACUUAUGGCUGGGGUCAAUGGAGACUGUAUUCUAUCUCUACCGGGACAACCGAGACAUUUUAUGCAAAGGGACACGGUAUUAACAACGUGUUUGAUAUCACCCCCAUCUACUUUGUGCCUGCAGAUAACAAGACAAUUGUAGCAAUCAAGGCUACAGGUUUGAUGGCUUCCAUUCCACCUAAAUUUUCUAAAGUCAACAAUGAGAAAGAGAUUGCUAAAAAUGGCAUAGCUGUAAUAAUACUUUCAAAGACUAGCAUCUUCGUCCCUGUGGCAGUUUUAACUUUUAAUUUUUUUCUUUUUAUGAAUAUGAUUUGGAUAAUCGAAUGUUAAUACUUAAACUGCAAAUGUUAAAGAAAAAUGUUAUUUCUAAGUUUAUUAGAUCGGCUCUCAGAGUUGGUUUUUUGUGUUGUUUUCUAAAUACACCUUAUUUUGUCACAGUGAUUUCAACAUGCCUGAUAUAAAUUGGCCUGCUCAAAAUAUAAACGGUCAAGAAUUUCAAUAACUCCUAAUUAGAUGGACAUCAGUGAGUUAAGCAUGUGUAAUAAGUUUCAUGUUUUUAUCAUGUUUCUAUUUGUUAUAAUUAAAGUGUUUUGAAUUUUAAAAAGGCUUUUGGAUUUGAUUGUGGGACAUUUUAAAUCACCUAUGUGGAUACCGUUGAUGGUGAUAGGGCAGUUGGGAC